AUGAAUCGCACGCUGGUCGAGUGUGCGCGUUGCAUGAUGGAACACGCUGGACUGGGAAAGAGCUACUGGGGUGAAGCAGUGAUGACGGCGAUGUUUCUUCGAAACCGCUGUCCAACACGUGCCAUUCACCAAGACAAGUCUCCAUAUCAAGUGUGGACGAUGAAGAAACCGAUUCUGGCCAACCUUAAAGUGUUUGGAUGCCACGCGUAUGUUCAAGUGCCUCAAGACAAACGCGCGAAGUUCGACUCCAAGUCAUCACUCUGUCGUUUCCUGGGAUACGCCGAACACCAGAAGUCAUAUCGAUUUGAGGAAGUGUCAACAGGAGCGAUCAAGAUCAGUCGCGAUGCCACAUUCAUGGAAGACAAGUUUGAUGAAGGUCCGCGCAACUACAACGAUGAGUCAAGUGUCGUUGAGUUUGAUGAUCAUGAUGAGGACGAAGAAAAAGAAGAAGGUAAAACUGACGACGACAUGGACUCGAGCGACGAUGACAACGAAGACACCAGGUCUUCGAAGAGCAACAUCAAGAGACACACGCGCACUCAAUCACUUGAGAAAGCUACCGUCAUUCCAAGUCCCAAGCGAAGAACGUACAGAGGUCCGUCGCUUGAGCAUGUGUCAGCGGCUGCAAUGGAUUUUGAAGCAGCCUACAUCGUUGAUUCAGUGGGGAAACGCCGACUACAUUCAAGUCGGCGAUGGAAUCAAGCGACUCCGGCAAGUGGAAAGAAGCGUGUGACUCGGAGUUCGAUUCGCUUCAGAGAAACGACACGUGGGAAAUCGUGCCUCUUCCGAAAGGUCGCAAGGCCAUCGGGUGCCGAUGGGUUUUUCGUGUAA